CGUAGUGGAAGCACACGGUGCCUCGACCUCAUCUAGCACACCGGAGUACACGAUCAGAAGUGAAGGUAACACUCCCAUCCUUACUCUCCUUGCGUCCCUUGAGACUGAACCCUCAUUUAUUGGUUUCGCACCUGAGCAGACGACAUGGACGCUUACCUUAGUCGUCUCAUGAAUGAUAAUGUCAACCCUGACAGCCUCUUUGACGAUGAGUAUUACCUGUUUGCUGGUGAAGGCUCAGAUGCUGAUGACAUGGAGCACGACGAAUUGGAAGACUCAAGUCACAAUACCUAUGUCGACCAUGAUCCAUUGGACUAUGUCUACUCAAACCUCCCAGACCACACACACAUCCUGAAGCACGCCGCAAAUUGCGAUCACUGCAAGGCCAAGAAGUUUGUGUCCGAGGCCUCGGGAUUCUGCUGUCGCAGUGGGCAGAUCCAACUGAAGCAACCGGAGCCCAUCCCGGAGCUAAUGAGGCUUUGGUCUAGCAUGGAUGCGGACUCAAGGCAUUUUCGGGAGAACAUACGGUUCUUCAAUGGCCACUCUCCUUCACAACCCUCGGAGUCAGCCUUGAUGAAAGCUACACAAACAUGA